AUGAAAGCAUUUAAUUCUCUCCAUGUCAAUUGUCAAGUAUCAAUAGCGCCAAAAUUAAGCACACCUUCAUAUCAUCAUACUCAUACCAAAAAAAUAAAAAAUAGUAUGAUUUUUACUUAGAAAAUAAUAAAAAUCAGCAAAAAUUGCGUCAAUCACUGCUGCUUUUAUCUGUUGAAUUUAAUCACUUAAGCAAAGAUUUACAGUACACAGAGAAAAAGGAAGCUGAGGUGUGAAGAAAGAAGAAGACGAAGGCUUAGGCAGGUGUCAAAUUCAUACAACAAAAACUAAUCAAUCGGUUACAAACAGGGCAUGUUUAACAAUGGUUAGAAUACUCUAAAGCACUCUCUACCUCACUUUGAAGCAUCUUGUGAAGUUGAUUUGAGAAGUUGAUUGAUCAAGUGUUUGAGGUACAGAAUGAGUGGAGCGGUAUUAGUUGCAAUUGCUGCGACAGUUGGGAAUUUACUACAAGGAUGGGAUAAUGCUACUAUUGCUGGGGCUGUGUUGUAUAUUAAGAAAGAAUUCAACUUGGAGGGCGCGCCAACCAUGGAAGGCUUAAUUGUGGCCAUGUCACUUAUUGGAGCCACUAUUAUCACAACAUGCUCUGGACCAGUUUCAGAUCGCUUUGGGCGUCGCCCUAUGAUGAUAAUCUCCUCUAUAUGUUUCUUUUUUAGUGCCCUAAUAAUGUUGUGGUCUCCCAAUGUUUAUGUCCUACUCUUGGGUCGAUUAUUAGAUGGAUUUGGAAGUGGUUUGGCUGUCACUCUUGUUCCUCUUUAUAUAUCAGAGACAGCUCCAACUGAUAUAAGGGGUUCAUUGAAUACACUUCCUCAAUUUACUGGUUCGGGUGGAAUGUUUGUUGCGUACUGUAUGGUGUUUGGGAUGUCUUUAAUGGAAAAACCUAGCUGGAGAUUGAUGCUUGGGAUUCUUGUUGUUCCAUCUGCUCUUUAUUUUGCAUUAACUGUAUUCUUCUUACCCGAGUCUCCUCGAUGGCUUGUUAGUAAAGGACGAAUGAAUGAGGCCAAAAAGGUUCUUCAACGAUUGCGGGGCAGGGAAGAUGUCUCUGCUGAGAUGGCUCUGCUUGUUGAGGGUCUUGGAGUUGGAGGUGACAUAUCAAUAGAAGAAUACUUAAUUGAGCCAGAUGUUGGCAUCACCGAGGAAUAUGAUCCGAUGGCUGCGAAAGAUCAGAUUAAAUUAUAUGGGUCAGAUGCAGGCCACUCUUGGGUUGCCAGACCAGUCACCGGCCAGAGUAUGCUGGGCCUUGCAUCUCGUCAGGGAAGCAUUCAGAACCCUAGUGUUCCCUUAAUGGACCCCCUGGUCACGCUUUUCGGUAGUGUACAUGAGAAGCUUCCAGAACAAGGAAGCAUGCGAAGUAUUAUUUUCCCGACUUUUGGUAGUAUGUUUAGUAUGGGAGGCAAAGACCCUAGAAAUGAAGAGUGGGAUGAGGAGAAUCUUCAUGGGGAUGAUGACGAUUAUGCCCAUAAUGAUGAUGACAAUGAUGAUUAUGCUGAAGAUGAUGACAAUUUACAUAGUCCACUUAUAUCUCGUCAGGCUACAGGUACAGACAAAGCUAUGGUUGCUCCAGUUUCAGGUAGCAUGUUCAGCAUGAAACCUAGUGGUUUAAUACAAGGAACUGAAGCUAGUGGAAUUGGUGGUGGUUGGCAGCUGGCUUGGCAAUGGAGUGAGAAAGAAGGUGCAGAUGGGAGGAAGGAGGGAGGAUUCAAAAGACUUUACUUACAUCAGGAAGGUGAUAUGGUAUCUAAACGAGGAUCUGUAAUCUCUCUUCCUGGCGGUGAUGUUACUGGAGAGACAGAGUAUAUGAAGGCUGCUGCACUAGUGAGUCAACCUGCCCUCUAUUCGAGGGAGUUGAUGAAUCAGCAUACUAUUGGACCAGCUAUGGUUCAUCCUUCUGAGACUGCUGCAAAAGGGUCUAGCUGGAGGGACCUUUUAGAACCUGGUGUCAGGCGUGCAUUGAUUGUUGGUGUCGGGCUCCAACUUCUUCAGCAGUUUUCUGGUAUAAAUGGGGUUCUGUAUUACACUCCUCAAAUACUAGAGCAGGCUGGGGUUGGUGAUCUUCUUUCACACAUGGGUAUUGGCGCUUCCUCUGCAUCAUUGCUCAUCAGUGCACUCACAACUCUUUUGAUGCUUCCUUCCAUAGCUGUUGCAAUGAGGCUUAUGGAUAUUUCCGGGAGGAGGACUUUGCUGCUUACCACAAUUCCGGUGUUGUUCCUUUCGCUCGUCGUCCUAAUACUCGGAAAUAUCAUAAAGAUGAGCACUACUGUGCACGCAGUGAUCUCAACAGUCUCCGUAGUUCUCUACUUCUGCUUCUUUGUGAUGGGCUUUGGCCCAAUCCCAAAUAUCCUAUGCGCGGAAAUUUUCCCAACCAGGAUUCGUGGUGUCUGCAUUGCUAUUUGUGCACUUACCUUUUGGAUCGGAGAUAUUAUAGUUACUGACACACUCCCUAUAAUGCUCAAUGCUGUUGGACUUGCUGGUGUCUUUGGCUUCUAUGCUGUCGUUAGUGUAAUUGCUUGGAUUUUUAUCUUUCUAAAGGUUCCCGAAACCAAGGGAAUGCCUCUCGAGGUCAUUACUGAGUUCUUUGCUCUCGGGGCAAGACAACCUUCUGAAGACAAGGACAACUGAUAUGCAGUUUUUCUAGGUCUGUUGAGCGAAAGGGUAGUUUCCUUCCCGUAUGCCGUGGACAUUAUUGAUCAGUUAUUGUAUAUAGUUCCACCCGGAGCUCCUUUGGUUACACAGUUUUCUUGAACAUUAUGCUGUUGAAGUAUAAAAUUUCGAACAAUACAUGAUUUCAGUGA